AUGGCGGAAAAGGAAUCACAUCACAUUUACCAGCACUUUUUGCAAGCUCCAAAGCUGACGCAACAUGAGUUCCCACCGUGGGCAGAGAAUCCGGCUACAGAAAAUGAAAAAGACUCCCCUUCUACGCCACCAAAGCUCGAAAUUCAGCAAUUCACUUCAGGGGAAAUGAGCAUGUUGCCCACGCCGCUUGUUUACACCCCUUCCUCUCCAAACAUGGCUACCAGAUCGCCGUUGGAAUCUAGCGCACCCAAUGCUGCGCCGAGCUUACCGCCAACGAAUGGCGGUCGUCCUAAGAAAAGCUACGGUUCCUUGAAAUCACCGCCAGUGGAGACAUUCAAUCGUUCUAACGUGUUGGAGGACAUGCAACGCAUGUCAUCGGAAUAUCCUCCACAUAGUGCACUGGCUCUAGCGACUGCUAGUAGUCGAUCACAAAGAAUUGCAUCCCUGUCAGGAGUAGAUCGGACUUUGCACACUGUGGACGUGCCAUCGCUUUCGAACAUACCGGAGUCGCACACUCCAGAUUCUUUGAGCCCAAGCACCGACGAGUACCUCACCGCGUAUUUAAUACAUGAUGGGCCUGAGACACUGAAAUUGCGGAAAGUAAAACAGGUUGGCGUCGGAAAUUUCAGUGAUGUAUUCCUCUACGAGGCAGUGGACUCCAGGCCCACGGAUGUCAAAGAAUUUGCUGUCAAACAUGUCAAAUAUCCGGAACCAUUGGUGACUUCGGUGUCUCCGAAGUCACCGAAGUACCGCGAAGUUUUAUCUCGUGUAGAGCGCUCCCUUACGCGAGAAAUUGAAGCGUUGGUGGGCAUAUCGCAUCCUUGUAUCAUCGAUUUAGUCGCUAUUAAUGAUCUCACCUUCGUCAACAGCUCGAGACCAUUGAGUUCGGGAGACGCGACUGGUGUGCUCCCGCCUUGUGAUAUGAUAAUGUCUUAUUGUGCAGGUGGUGACCUCUUCGAAAUGGCCAGUCAGAAAGUGAUGCCGGCCUGGCUACUGCGAAGAAUUUUUACUGAGCUGACUUUAGCGGUCAAAUAUCUGCACGAAAAGUUGGUGGUUCAUCGGGACUUAAAAUUAGAGAACGUCUUGCUCAAAUAUCCCUUCGACCGGCUAAUAGUCAUGAACGAGCAAGGAUUACUGGCCUCGCAUCACAUUGUCGAGCUAGCCGAUUUCGGUUUAUGUCGCCGUAUCCAGCCUGAUGAAUUGUGCACCACGCGAUGUGGUUCCGAGGACUAUGUUUCCCCUGAAAUUCUCAUGGGAGUGCCAUACGAUGGACGUCUUAGUGACACAUGGGCCCUGGGCGUUAUUCUAUAUGCAUUACUCGAAGAAAGGUUGCCAUUUGAUCCUCUGCCGUCACCUAUACCCGGAAAAAGGCAAAGGAGAAGUUCCGUGGCCCACAGAAUAUCGCGGUUCGAGUGGCGGUGGCUGAAGAUGGCAGACGCGGAUAAUCUACCCUCCAAACAGAUCGUCGAAGGCUGCUUGAGUCGGAAAAAUCUCCGGUGGAACAUUCAACAGAUCUACGAAAACUCAUACGUGAACGAUACUGUUAACACUCUCAAAUUUGCUGCAUGA